AUGAGGUUCCGACGGCGCCCCUCGCCUCUUCUCCUCCUUCUCCUUCCCUCCUUAGCAGCUGCACUGUCAGCCGCUGCUCAGGAGAACAUCGACUCCACCCUUACAAAACCUCCGCAGCCUCGAGAUGCGAAGCUCGGCCCAGACGCCAAACCCACCCCGAUCCCCGAAAUCAAUACGAAAUCAAAGGUCGAGAUAGGGACAAAGGAUGCGCCGGUCGAUGGGAAGGAUGGAAAGCCACACGCGGGCCCCUGGGUUGGCAUAGAGGAGACUAUCCAAAAAGCCCCCAAGAAACCACCAGGAUCCGCGACUGUUAAGGAUAGCGAGUCGGAAUUGUUAUUGGGACCCGGAAACGAAGACCAAAAGAAGUUUCUUGGCCCGGACGGCCAGAAGAUUCCCGCUGUCAACGAUGGGGUGAUGGAUGACCCCCAUAGGGCACCGCCAAAAGAAGGGACAACUGGCACAGAGGGCGGAGUAAGUGAGAAGGAUAAGGCGCGGAAAGCGCACGAAGGGCAGACUGGAGAGAGGCUCGAGAAGAAACCAGAUUCGCCCAAGGCGGCACCUCCGCUGCCGCCGAGUGAGCCAUCCAAGUUGAGGCCAGACAAGGAGAAGGGCGAGAAGAGCGAGAAGAGCAGACCCAAGGACGCCGAUGCCCAUGAUGAUGGCAUCGACAAUCUCGGUGGACUUAAGAAACCAGAGGACCUAGCAGACAGACCGAAAGACCCCCAUCACCCCAUUCCCCCCUCCGCAGACAAGGACCAUCUCGACAUCUCCAAGCCAAAAACGAAACCCCCUUCCAACUUCCCGAAUACCGCGCCCGAAGACGACAAUGAGAGCAUCAUCCAGCCCCUCCAUUCAUACCUUUUAUCCCUAACUAUGAUUCUCGUUUCUGAAAUCGGCGACAAAACCUUCCUGAUCGCCGCUCUCAUGGCCAUGAAACAUGACCGACUCGUUGUCUUCUCCGCGGCCUUUUGUGCCCUCCUCAUCAUGACCGUUCUCUCUGCCGUGCUAGGUCACGCGGUGCCUACCCUCAUCCCUGAACGAUUCACUCAUUUCCUAGCCGCAGGACUAUUCCUCGUCUUUGGAGCGCGGAUGCUAAAAGAGGGGUUGGCGAUGAGCCCAAAUGAGGGCGUUGCCGCCGAGAUGCAGGAAGUUGAGAUGGAGCUGGAGGAGAAGGAGCACCUAGCACGACGAGAAAGCCGUCGACGCUCCUCCGUCUCUCCCUACACCCUGGAGAUGGGUCUUGGAGGCUCGAGAAAGCCACGCUCAGGGUCCCGUAUCCCAUCCCUACCGGGAAGUCCAGAUUCAAGCCCCGACCGCUCGCCUUCCCCCGCUGGGUCAAAUCUCAGAACAGCGCUUAAUGGGUUAAGUAAUCUCUUCGGUCUGCUCCUCAGUCCAGCGUGGGUACAAACAUUUGUCAUGACAUUUCUGGGAGAAUGGGGCGAUCGUAGCCAAAUUGCUACCAUUGCUAUGGCUGCUGGGGCAGAUUACUGGUGGGUUACGGGUGGUGCUGUAAGCGGACAUGCGAUUUGUACCGGCGUGGCUGUUAUUGGAGGAAGGGCCAUUGCUGGUAAAGUCAGUUUGAGGGUUGUCACCCUGGGAGGCGCAAUAGCUUUCAUUGUCUUCGGCCUCAUUUACGGAUUAGAAGCCCUGUACGCAUAA